GAUAAGGUGACUCAGUCCAGACUUGCGAAAUGGGAACGCUUUCGUCGGUGCACUGUCUGGGAGCAGGACCCCCUCCGUGUUUCACGAAAAGUCACAGUAAAGUCGACUUCUGUAAAGCGUGUGGCUGGCGAGUGUAGGCAUAAUCUGUAUUCAAGAAAACGUUGAAGUGAGUGUUCUUUUGACAUGUGGUAAGUCUUCAGACUUUGCGGCUGUCAGAUUUACCACUGGACGCUCGCGCGCGCUCCGUGGUCACCAUUUGGCGUGGAUUAUCGCCUGUCGAGGGUUGAGUGAAUCAAAGCAGCCGUCAUGUGUGACGUGCCCAGCAAGGAGGAUGGCACCGUGACCAGGUCUGCCGAGUAUGUUGGCUGUUUUCCUGUGGAUGACCGCUGCUUGGAUGAGCAGAUUCAACAGCUGCACAUUCAGCUGAAGGCUCUCAGGAAAUGCAAGAGAAGGAGGCCAGUAUCUCUGAGGUUCUCCUUCAAGGGAGUGAAAGUAUAUGACGAGGAUGAGACGACACUCCUCAUGGCGCACGCUUUACGCCGGAUCUCCUUGUCCACGGCGCGGCCGUCCGACUCCCAGUUUGCCUUCGUCUCCCACAACCCAGGCAGUCCAGACACCCAGCUCUACUGCCACCUCUUCCAGGCCAGGCACGCCAGAGCAGCCCAGUUCCUGAACCUGCUGCUGUGCCGCUGCUUCCAGCUGUCCUACCUGGACAGCCACCCGGAGGAGGCCCAGGACGAGAGCACGGAGGGCAAGAAGCUGACGCGCGUCCCCUCCCUCCUCAACCAGGGCUUCCCCCUCAGCGUCAGCGCCCUCGUCUCCUUCAGAAGAGCCCCUUUCCUGGGCCUCUUCCCCGGAGCCAAGGUCAAGUCAAAGUCCAGUACCCCUGAUCAGAAGCAGUCCAAGAAGGAAAAGGACCAGCAGCAGCAUCCACAGUCCCAGACCCAGCCGCAGCAGCAGCAUCGGCGCCCACCGUCCCUGCACAGCAGCCCAGAUGAAGAGCCGGUCACCUCCCCCAUGCUGACGCGGAAGAAGGCCAUCCGCAACAAGGGCAUGAGCUCCGGGGCCUACCGCUCCUUCACCUGCACGCCGCUCAAGCAGAGGCAGCUGCAGGAGCGCAUGAACCAGGCUAAAGGUGGGGUGAAAUUGUGGAGAACGCUGUCCAGCAGGGUGAAAGAUCUCAUUAGGCAAGUAGAGACAGGAAAGGAGGAGCCAGGGAGUCCAGCGCGCCGUGCCCGUACCCCAAGUCUGGCCGAGUCCGAAGAAGCAUUGGCUCAAGCGGUGUGGUGCUGGGCUGGACUCUCUAGUGACAGCAGCUCAGCUCUGCUGGCGGAGGACGUGCUGGGUGCCUACCUGCUGUGCCCCCACCCCAAGAAGCCCAGCCGGGGCACCCUCAUCAUGCGCUUCCCCUCCGGACUGGCCACCUACGCCAUCAAGAACACCAAAGGAAAAUACCUGCUGGAGGGAUGCCACCAUGGGUUUGAGAGCAUUUCAACUUUAAUAGACUAUUAUACGGAGUGCAGGGGGGAGCUGGAAUGCCAGCUGAACUGCGCCCGUGUGAACCACUGCUAUGAGUGGGAGGAGAACGUCGUCGCCAAACCCCAGAGUGCACUUCCACACUAUGGCCUGAGGAGGGCCGUGCACAAGUAUGGACAUGGGAAGAGCUGGGUCUGAUGACCACGUCU